UCAGCCGUUGACUACAUGGGCGAUAUGAUGUGUCCCGCUCCAGCCACCGCUCGGAGCACGACGACGCCUCGCAUCCCACUCCUCCCCUACGUCCUCCUCGGCCUUGCUUCCACCGUCAUGUCGCUGGAGCCGGACGCGGAGGAGGAAUGGGCAGCGGUGGAGCGGCGAGGCGCUCACCUGGUAACGAGGGCGGCGGAGCGCCCCUUCAUCAUCCACGGGUUCAACACCUACUGGCUCAUGUCCUUCGCCGCCGACGAGGCCACGCGGCCGCGCGUGACCGCGGCCAUUGCCGAGGCUGCCGGGGCGGGGCUCAACGUGUGCCGCACCUGGGCGUUCGCUGAUGGAGGGUACCACGCGCUGCAGACCGCGCCAUUCUGCUACGACGAGGUGGUGUUCCAGGCACUAGAUUUCGUGGUCAGCGAGGCAAGAAGGUAUAAGAUGCGGUUAAUACUGUCACUUUGUAAUAACUGGGAAGAUUAUGGAGGGAAGGCACAGUAUGUAAGAUGGGGUAAGGAGGCUGGCGUAGAUCUUACUUCUGACGACGACUUCUUCUCUGAUCCAACACUUAAAGGGUACUACAAAGCUUUUGUUGAGGCUGUUUUGUCAAGAAUAAACACAAUCACAAAUGAGGCCUACAAAGACGAUCCUACUAUUCUUGCCUGGGAGCUGAUUAACGAGCCGCGCUGCCCUUCAGAUCCAUCAGGCGAUACGCUGCAGGCAUGGAUAGAAGAGAUGGCUUCUUACGUGAAGUCUAUAGAUACUAUGCACCUCGUGGAGAUUGGUAUUGAAGGGUAUUAUGGUCCGUCUACUCCAGAACUUUUGCUCGUCAACCCAGAUGAUUAUUCAGGGCAUGUUGGAACGGACUUCAUCAGGAACCAUCAAGCAAUGGGAAUUGAUUUAGCUUCAGUUCAUAUUUAUUCAGACACUUGGUUGCCUGACUCAACAGAGGAAAGCCACGUUCAGUUUGUUAACACUUGGAUGCAACAACAUAUUGAUGAUGCAGCAAACUUGCUGGGCAUGCCCAUUGUGAUCGGGGAGUUUGGAUUAUCACUGAAGGAUGGCAAGUUUGAAAACGAGUUCCGCGAAACUUUCAUGCAGACAGUGUACAACAAUUUCUUGGGCUCUUGGGAGAGUGGAAUGAUUGGAGGAGGCUGCCUUCUAUGGCAGCUCUUCCCUGAAGGCGCAGAACACAUGGACGAUGGUUAUGCAGUUAUUUUUGUAAAAUCACCAUCCACAUUCAACCUACUUGCAAAUCACUCAAGGAAGCUAGAAUGUUGAGAGUCCCCUUCCCCUGCUACAUGGUUUUUCAAGCCAAGAAUUUCAUUGUAAAGUUGAAUGCCUUAUGUAUAUCAUGUACCCUAAUAGUGAUACCAUGAAAAAAGGUAGAGAUUGAAUUGUGCAAUAAACUUUUGCCCCUCCAUCCUGCACAUAAUAUAUUUCAAAAAUAUCUUUAAUA